CAGAGAGAGAGAGACAGAUAGAAAGAGAGAGAGAGAGAGAGAGAGGGUAAAGCCAGGCUCAGCAGACUGACAUGAAGAAGGAGGCGUUUUGUUUUCCUCUCAGUUCUCAGCUGAACUUUCCUCGGAGAAACACAAACAGGCAGAAAUCACUCCGUCUGAGAGGAGCUCGAUUAUGAGGAGGGAGUUUAAAGGGAGGAAAAUCGAGCUGGCUAAGCCGUCCGUCCUUUCGCAGUGCUUGCUCGCUCUCUCUCUCUCUCUCUCUCUCUCUCUCUCUCUCUCUCUCUCUCUCUCAGAGGAGGGGCUUUUGUACGGGCUUUUGUAGCAUUGCAGAUCCGGCGCUGAUGCGUUUUCCGAGGUUACUGCACGAUGGACAGCCGCGCGGCCGUGUGAGCGGCGGAGGACGGAGCCGUAGCUCUCUUCGGGCCGAGUGGACACGGUAAUGUCCUUCUGGACGGAGCAGGAGGAGCCGAUAGAAAUACCGAGGGAGGAGGCGCCGAGCGGCGGCCGGGUUUACGUCAAAUCCACCGGCCAGGGCAGGGGCUCGGUCGGUCGGUAGCAGCAGGGCUAGCGAGCUCUGUUUAGUCUGUUUAGUCCGGUUCCGAAAACCCAGGAACAUUUGAGAUGUUUUAUGUCACACCGAGCCUCAAACCGAGUCACAGGGAGGCGUUUUUCCAGGAGGGCCAUGACUGACCCGCUUUAGCCGGACCGCAGUCUGCCUGCUUUGAGCCUGUAAGCGUUUUUCUGGUGAGCUCGCUGGAGCUCCAGCUUGCCGAGCUCUGUCGGAAAUAAUCGGCCUCGUCGCGAUUUGAACAGAUAAAGUUUGGAGCCAUGUCUGCAGAGGUUCGUUUGAAGAAGCUGGAGAAGCUGGUUUUGGAUGGCCCCUCUCAGUCGAACGGCCAGAGCCUGAGUGUGGAGACCCUGCUGGAUAUCCUCGUCUGCCUGUACGAUGAGUGCAACAACUCUCCCCUCAGGAGGGAGAAGAAUGUCCUGGAGUUCCUGGACUGGGCCAAACCCUUCACCUCCAAAGUGAAGCAGAUGCGCCUGCGUAAAGAGGACUUUGAGAUCCUGAAAGUGAUCGGCCGAGGAGCGUUUGGAGAGGUGGCCGUUGUGAAGGUCAAGAAUGCGGACAAAGUGUUUGCCAUGAAGAUCCUCAACAAAUGGGAGAUGCUCAAGAGGGCUGAGACGGCGUGCUUCCGGGAGGAGAGGGAUGUGCUGGUGAACGGGGACAGCCAGUGGAUCACCACGUUGCAUUAUGCCUUCCAGGAUGAAAACAACUUGUACUUGGUGAUGGACUACUAUGUUGGUGGAGAUCUGCUGACCUUGCUGAGCAAGUUUGAGGACCGUUUGCCCGAGGACAUGGCCAAGUUCUACCUGGCGGAGAUGGUGCUUGCCAUCGACUCUGUGCACCAGCUGCACUAUGUUCACAGAGAUAUCAAGCCAGACAACAUCCUGAUGGACAUGAACGGUCACAUCCGCUUGGCUGACUUCGGCUCCUGCCUCAAACUCAUGGAAGAUGGAACGGUGCAGUCCUCUGUCGCCGUGGGAACACCAGACUACAUAUCCCCCGAAAUCUUGCAGGCCAUGGAAGAUGGGAAGGGCAAAUACGGGCCUGAAUGUGACUGGUGGUCUUUAGGUGUGUGUAUGUAUGAAAUGCUCUACGGAGAGACGCCCUUCUACGCUGAAUCACUGGUGGAGACCUACGGCAAGAUCAUGAACCACAAAGAGAGGUUCCAGUUCCCGGCACAGGUGUCAGACGUGUCGGAGGAGGCGAAGGACCUGAUGCGAAGGCUGAUCUGUUCUCGUGAGCACCGGCUGGGCCAGAACGGCAUUGAGGACUUUAAAAGGCACCUGUUCUUCUCAGGCAUCGACUGGGACAACAUCCGCACCUGUGAGGCCCCCUACAUCCCCGAAGUUAGCAGCCCCACCGACACCUCCAACUUCGACGUGGAAGACGACUGCCUCAAGAACUCGGAGACAAUGCCACCACCCUCCCACACGGCCUUCUCCGGACACCACCUCCCCUUCGUCGGCUUCACAUACACUAGCACAUGCUCUCUGUCAGACCGCGGCUGUCUGCGGGAGGCCAGUGGUUCUGACCAGGUGGAUGCUGGGAUACAGAGGAGUUUGGAGGACAGCCUGGCCUCUGAAGCCUACGAGAGAAGGAUCCGCCGCCUGGAGCAGGAGAAGACCGAGCUCAGCCGCAAACUUCAGGAGUCCACCCAGACGGUGCAGGCUCUGCAGUACCCCAAUUCAGAUGUGCCAGUCAGUGCCAACAAAGAGGUGGAGAUAAGGAGCCUGAAGAGUGAAAUAGACAUCUUGAAAAAGCAGAUAGCAGAUUCUGGUCAGCUGGAACAGCAGCUGGAGGAAGCCAGCAUUGCACGUCGGGAUCUAGAAGACUCCUCCAAGGUCAUCAAGUCUCUGGAAAAGCAGCUAAAGAGCGUCAUGCAAGAGAAAGAUGACAUGCAUAAGGGGCUGCUGGAAGCGGAGGAGAAGAUGAAGGCUCAGGGGAAAGACCUAAAGGAGGCGCACAGUCAGAGGAAGAUGGCCAUGAAGGAGUUCUCUGAGCUGAGCGAGCGUCUCACCGAGCAGCGCUCGCACAGUCAGCGGCUGGCCCGUCAGCUGCGUGACAAGGAGGAGGAGAUGGAGGGCCUGGCUCAGAAGGUGGAGAGCCUGCGACUGGAGGUGCGCAAAGCCGAGAGAGCACGCAAAGAGCUGGAAGCGCAGGCAGAGGAACAGACAGCCGAGGCUCAGAAAGAGAGAAAGCUACGAGAGAGAAACGAGCAGUACAGCAGACAGUUGGAGGAGGAACUGGAGGGCGUGAAGCAGUUGAAGCAGACUGGGCCGCUUCAUGCAACUGUGGGCUUAGAUCAGCAGCAGGAGGUGGUGCGGCUGCGGGCGGAGCUGGAGAAGAAGAGCGUGCAGCAUGAGGAGGAGCUGUGUCGCAGGGAGACGCUCCAUGGCACCGAGCUGAAGAGCCUCCGGAAGGAGCUCCGCGACGCCGAAGCCCAGCACCUCACCCUGCAGAAAGAAAUCCUCAUGCUUAAAGACAAGCUGGAGAAGGCUCGCCGAGAAAGCCAAAGUGAGCGUGAGGAGUUUGAGGCCGAGUGCAAGCAGAAGUAUGAGCGGGAACGGGUGCUUCUGACAGAGGACAACAAGAAACUCACCAGUGAGCUGGAGAAGCUGAGCUCCCUGUUUGAGAAGAUGAGCAGUAGCCACAGGCAGCUGGAGGAGGAGAUGAGGGAGCUGGCUGAUAAGAAGGAGAGUGUGGCCCACUGGGAGGCCCAGAUCACGGAGAUCAUUCAGUGGGUAAGUGAUGAGAAGGAUGCCCGAGGCUACCUUCAAGCAUUAGCCACCAAGAUGACUGAGGAGCUGGAAGGACUGAGGAACACCAGCCUGGGAGCCAGAGGCACAGACAUGCCAUGGAAGAUGCGGCGAUUUGCUAAGCUGGACAUGUCUGCUCGUUUGGAGCUGCAGUCUGCGCUGGACGCUGAGAUCCGAGCCAAACAGGCCAUCCAGGAUGAGCUCAACAAAGUCAAAGCCUCCAACAUCUCCACUGAGUGUAAACUGCAGGAGUCUGAGAGCAAGAAUCAGGAGCUGCUGUCUGAGAUUGAAAGGCUGAGGAAAGAGAUGGAGGAUCUGCGUCAGAGGAGGGGUGUCAAGCACCAGGAUUCUCAGAACUCCUUCCUGGCCUUUCUCAAUGCUCCCACCUCUGCGCUGGACCAGUUUGAUCGCUCACCUUCUUGUGGUCCAGGAAGCAAAGGCCGACGCCUUGAUUCAGCUGAUUUUACUCCAUCUAACACCCCAUCACGGGAUGAGGAUUCUAAAUCUCGCCGCAUAUACCGCUCACGCUCGCCAUCCACCGCCAGUGACCUGGAGCCCAUAGAGCUGGUGGACCACUCGUCACGUCUCCAGACCCCGACUGGGAGAUCCGGCUACAGCAGCCUGGGCCACUCCACUCCUAAACCCAAGGCCCAUCAGUUUGUGGUGAAGUCCUUCAGCAUCCCUACUAAGUGUAACCAGUGUACCUCCCUUAUGGUUGGCCUCAUCCGCCAGGGCUGCAGCUGUGAAGUGUGUAAUUUUUCCUGUCACGUGACGUGUGCGGACAAGGCCCCUGCCGUUUGUCCAGUUCCUCCUGAGCAGACUAAGGGUCCACUGGGCAUCGACCCACAGAGGGGCAUUGGCACCGCCUACGAGGGACACGUCCGGGUGCCGAAGCCCACAGGUGUGAAGAAGGGCUGGCAGAGGGCUCUGGCCGUGGUGUGUGACUUUAAACUCUUUCUGUACGAGCUUGGUGAGGGCAAAACCACCCAGCCCAGCGUGGUGGUCAGCCAGGUCAUCGACAUGAGGGAUGAAGAGUUUUCAGUGAGUCCAGUCUUGGCCUCAGAUGUCAUCCAUGCCAACAAGAAGGACAUCCCCUGCAUAUUCAGAGUAACAGCGUCUCAGCUGUCGGCCUCCUCCAGCCAGAAGACGUCCAUCCUGAUCUUGGCCGACAGUGACCAUGAGCGCUCCAAGUGGGUGGAUAUGCUUAACGAGCUGCACCGUAUCCUCAAGAAGAAUAAGCUGAAGGAGCGCUUUGUGUAUGUGCCUAAAGAAGCCUACGACAGCACGCUGCCCCUCAUCAAAACCACCCAGACUGCUGCUAUUAUAGAUCACGAGCGUGUGGCCCUAGGCAAUGAAGAAGGCCUUUACGUGAUUCAUGUCACCAAAGAUGAGAUCACCCGUGUGGGCGACAACAAGAAGGUGCAUCAUGUGGACCUGCUGCCCACUGAGCAGCUGCUGGCCGUCAUCUCCGGCAGGAACCGCCAUGUGCGGCUGAUCCCCAUGGCCGGCCUGGACGGACGUGAGACUGACUCCUUCAAGCUGCCUGAGACUAAAGGCUGUCAGGCCCUGGUGUCUGGAACGCUGCGCAAUGGCGCCCUCACCUGUUUGUGUGUGGCCAUGAAGCGUCAGAUCAUCUGCUACGAGGUCAUCAAGAGCAAGGCCCGCCACCGGCGCCUCCGAGAGAUCCAGGUGCCAGGAGUGGUUCAGUGGAUGGCACUGCUGAGUGAGCGUCUGGUUGUGGGCUACCAGGCGGGCUUCAUACGCUACAGCAUGCACUCAGACUCUCCUCCAAUCAGCCUCCUUCACCCCGAGGACCACACGCUGGCCUUCAUCGGGCAGCAGGGCCUGGACGCUCUGUGUGCCGUGGAGAUCUCCAGCAAAGAGCUGCUGCUGUGUUUCAGCUGUUUGGGUGUGUAUGUGGACACACACGGCCGACGCUCGCGGCAGCAGGAGCUGAUGUGGCCUGCGGUCCCCACAGCGUGCUGCUACAGCGCCCCCUACCUGUCGGUGUACAGUGAGAACGCAGUGGACGUGUUUGAUGUGAACACAAUGGAAUGGAUUCAGACCAUCCCUCUCAAAAAGGUUCGGCCGCUGAACACAGACGGCUCUCUAAAUCUGCUGGGCUUAGAAACAGUGAGGCUGAUCUACUUCAGAAACAAGACUGCAGAGGGAGAUGAGCUGGUGGUGCCGGAGGUGUCGGAUAACAGCCGGAAGCAGAUGGUGCGCAGCAUGAACAACAAGAGACGCUUCUCUUUCCGCAUACCUGAGGAGGAGAGACUGCAACAAAGGAGAGAGAUGCUGAGGGACCCUGAGAAGAGGAACAAGCUGAUCUCAAACCCAACCAAUUUUAAUCAUGUGGCUCACAUGGGACCUGGGGAUGGCAUCCAGAUCCUAAAGGAUCUGCCCAUGAAUGUGCGCGCUCAGGAGAAUCGGCCUGGUUUCAGUGGCUCAGUCAGUAUCCCGUCCAUGGCUAAAACCCGGGCCGAACCGGGCCGGUCCAUGAGCGCCAGCAGUGGUCUGGGCAUACGUUCCUCUUCGCAGAACGGCAGCGCUCUGAGGAGGGAGCUGUCGAGCGGUAGCUACAGCUCCAAGCGCCAGACCAUGACUUCUCCGUCUGAAAGCUCACUGUCCUCAGGUGGGGGUAUGGAUAUUGGAGAUGCGCCGCUGUCCCAGUUCGACAGAGAGGCCGUGUCGCCCUCGGAGAAGACGCCCGAUCUGAAACGGGCGUUAAGGACCCUGCUUAGUAAAAUGAAGGAUUCGGACUCACCGCGUCACUCCACUGCCUCCAACAGCUCCACCUUCAGCAGCCCGCCGAGCCCCGCCUCCCCACACAAGACCAAGUCUCUCUCGCUGGAGAGUACAGACCGUAUGGCCUGGGACACAUGAUAGACAGCAGCUUGAGACCAAUCACAACAUGCCCUGGCCCAGCCUGCCACAGGCUCCUCCCCCCAUCCCUGCCCAUGGAACUGCACCUGGUGCUACAGGCCCCUCCCACUUCAUUCUGCAAGAGGUUCUCAGUUGAGGAAAAGAUGCGGGAGAGGAUGCUGGACUGUCAGUGGGGGUGGCGUCUGCGUGUGUCUGUGUGUGUGUGUGUGUGUGUGUGUGUGUGGCCAGGGCAUAAGUUGGAAUGAAUAGGACCCUCUACAUGUGGCGUGAAGCUGACUGGUGAAAAAUUUAAGCUUCAUAGCGUCACUGGCUGGACUUCAGCCCUCCCAAUCCAGGCAACGGUCACUGCUGCAAAGGGGGAUUUUAUCUAGACUGGCAUUUGUAUAUAGACUGGGGUUUUCGGGGGGUGAACUUAUUUAUUUCUAGCUAUUAAAAAAACAGUAUCAUUUCCCUCAUUUUCUUCUUCAACUGUGGACCAUAACGACAGCUGCAUUUGUGGGGGAACAAACAAACAAACAAAAAAAAAGACCAAAAUA